UACCCAGCAAUUGUCUGUUUAUUCGUGACAGCACUUUGUGUUCCUUCCCUCCAGAUGCUGUAGAUGGUCACAAUGGGAAGCAAAGGAGGGUUUGUCCUGCUCUGGCUCCUGCUCAUCCUGGCUGUACUCUGCCAUUUAGGUCACAGCCUGCAGUGCUACAACUGUGUUGACCCACCUCACGAGUGCACCACGACUGUCAAUUGUACACAUAAUCAGGAUGCUUGUAUCGUCGUUAAAGCUGUGCCAUCGAAGUCUUACUACCAGUGUUGGAAGAUUGCCGAUUGCAAAUUUGAAGUCAUUGCGAAAAGCUUAGAGGAGAAGGAGCUAAAGUAUAACUGCUGCCAGAAGGACCUGUGUAACAGCAGUCACGUGAUGAACACGGCAGGGAAAGCAGUUCUGCUGGUGUCCCUGCUGCUGCUGGUAGCAGUCUGGCACUUUUGUCUCUAAAUCUGUAUCAGGAGAGCUUCUCCUAAACUUCCUGUUUCUGUAUGUUCCUUAUUUCCUGUGCUGCUGCAUCCCAAAGGCUUUAUAUUUUCCAACUGGAUCCUGUUGGGAAAGACUGAAACUAGCUUGAGCAACUUGGAUAAGACAGAGGAACUCUGAGACUCUGAAGCCCAGUCCCACUGGCAGAGAAGACCUGUUUGAGGGGAUAAGUUUGAGUGACGGGGAUCUGAAUGAGGUUGCAUGUGACAGCUUUGCAGUGACAGCUUGAGUAGAUUCUCUGCAGUCCUCAGUUAUUUCCCUCUGGUUCCUUGGAUAUAGUUAGUGUGACCAGUAGUUUUGGGGGUGAGUGGGCCAGGGCAGGGUGCUCCUUUCCAUCAGUCUCUCUCAUGAGGAAUACUUUCUUUCUCUCCCUUUAUGGCCCCUGUCUUGCCUGGUAGGCAUGAUGAUGUUCCAGAUGUGGGCUGUCAGUUAGGGACAGUGAGAUUCUUAAUGCACAGUGAUGGGAAUGACUGCUGUAUUCUCAAUUGGGAAGUGUCUGGCUGGGAAGGAAGUAAGCUUUCCACAUAGUGCAGCAUGGAAACACAAGGUUUGUCUUUAGAAAGGUAUCAGUGGCUAAAAUCUGAGUUUUCCUGUAUCCCUAAAUUUUCUGUUGGCUUUGCUGUCUUUCACUAGAAAAACUCAACAGCAUAAAUCAGUGUUGUGUUAAAACUGUCCCUCUCACCACCCCUUCCACCUUUUUUAUUGGAAUGGUAGGAUACCUUGGCAUUCUAUGCUACAUGUGACUUGCAGUUAUUAAGUGUGCUUCUUUUAAAUGUUACUGGUAGGAAGACUCUCAUAUGUAUAUAUAUCAAUGUAUGAAUGCAACAAGAAGAGCCUUUGGAGUUGCAAUUUGAGACCUCCAGAUGUCAUCAUGAACAGUAACAGAUUUGCAGGGAUGUGUUUUACCGGCCAACAUCCAGCCUGUUGAAUCCUGGUUGAGUUGGCACAGAUAAUGUAAAAUACAUUUGUAAGGGUUAUUAACAUAAUCACAAAUGUUGAGGUUUUCAGAAGCUCUACCAGUUUCCUGCAAAGUGAUACAUCUUUUCAGGAGGGCAAAGCUUUGCCUUUUUUCUUUUGGGUGCUAGUGAAUAAUUUUCAAGAUCCAGUAGACUUAAUGACAUUUGUAUGCUUACAAUCUCGGCUAUAUUAGCAGCAUAGCUUGACUUUUGCAGAUGAAGGUGGAAUUUUCUUGAUUAAUUUUUUGGGUAAAAUUCCAUGAUUAUGUAAUCUGUUAGACAAACUGGAAUGAAUCCUGCCUUUCUGGAAAUAAAAUCUAAUCAACUGCA